CGGACAGACAUUCAAUUCUCGAUGUUUAGAACCACCUGCCGUCCUGUUUAGAAAUAUGUUUUUAAAUAUUGCAAUCUACAAUGCUAUGAAAUAUAUUUUAAAAAAUACACGAGAGGGAGAUGUUCCCGUGUGUAGCCUACUCUAGGGGUAGGUUGUCGUUUUCUAGACAGUUCUGUUCCGCUUCUCGACAGUCGGAUGCUGUGGCUGGGAGCCCCCACUGUUAACUGAGCACGUAGGACCGGGAGAAGGGACACGGAAGGAAAGGAAUUGGAGAGCAUUUGAUAUCAAAUCAAAUCGGGACACAUGUUAAGUUAACGGGCCCACUCCACCACCCUCUACCGUCUCCCUCAUAAGCGAUUCUAGAUUUCUCAUUUCCCAGUUGUAGACUAUUCUGUCGAAGUAUUGCCAUCGACCGGAUUCGUCUUUGAGCUCACAGCCACCCUGCAUUUUUCUGGGACUAUGGAUCUUAGUAAAAUGGCUGUGAGCAUCAACAAGGCCAUCAACACGCAGGAGGUCGCCGUCAAAGAGAAGCAUGCCAGGACCUGUAUCCUGGGGACCCACCAUGAGAAGGGCGCCCACACCUUCUGGGCGGCGGUCAACCGGCUGCCGCUCUCCAGCAAUGCGGUGCUCUGCUGGAAGUUCUGCCACGUCUUCCACAAGCUGCUGCGAGACGGCCAUCCCAACGUGAUAAAGGACUCGAUGAGGAACAAGGCUGACCUGAGUGACAUGAGUAGAAUGUGGGGUCACCUGAGUGAAGGAUAUGGGAAGUUGUGCAGCAUCUACCUCAAACUGCUUAUCACCAAGAUGGAGUUCCACGUCAAAAAUCCCCGUUUCCCCGGCAACCUUCAGAUGUCAAACAGGCAGCUUGACGAGGCAGGAGAGAACGACGUCAACAACUUCUUCCAGUUGACAGUAGAGAUGUUCGACUACCUGGAGUGUGAGCUCAACCUAUUCCUUGGUGUGUUCAGCUCCCUGGACAUGUCACGGUCUGUGUCGGUGACGGCGGCGGGCCAGUGUCGCCUGGCUCCCCUGAUCCAGGUCAUCCUGGACAGCAGCCACCUGUACGACUACACCGUCAAGCUGCUCUUCAAGCUGCACUCCUGCCUUCCUGCUGACACACUCCAGGGCCACAGAGACCGCUUCCAGGAGCAGUUCAAGAAGCUGAAGAGUCUGUUCUACCGCUCCAGUAACCUGCAGUACUUCAAGAGGCUCAUUCAGAUCCCACAGUUACCUGAGAACCCACCUAACUUCCUGCGGGCGUCGGCGUUGUCGGAGCACAUCAGUCCCGUGGUAGUCAUCCCGGCUGAGUCGUCCUCCCCCGAGACGGAACACAUGGUGGACUUGGUGACAGAGGACCUGGUGGAUACUGACAUCCCCAUCCAGCCGGCUGCUGUGGUAGAGCCCAGGUUCGACGACCUCUUUGGCACGUCCGCCGCCACGGACCCCUUCAAUUUCAACAAUCAGAACGGGAUGCGCAAGGACGACAAGGACCGCCUGAUCGAGCAGCUGACACGGGAGAUCCAGGCCCUCAGGGAGGAACUGGAGUCCUUCAGAUUGGAGAGUGGGCGUCUGUGCCAGGCGCUGCGUGGGCGUGUCAAUGAGCUGGAGGCGGAGCUAGCAGAGCAGAGCCACCUGAGGAUGCAGGCGUUGGGAGAGAGCGAGUUCCUGAGGGCGGAGCUUGACGACCUGCGCCGGGUCAAAGAGGACACGGAGAAAGAGCAGCGAAGCCUCACUGAGAUCGAGAGGAAAGCGGUGGCCAACGAGCAGCGCUACGUCAAGCUGAAGGAGAAGUACACAGAGCUGGUGCAGAGUCACGCUGACCUGCUGAGGAAGAACGCGGAGGUGACUCGUCAGAUGACAGUGGCGCGAGCGGCUCAGGACGAGGUGGACAGCGUGAGGAGAGAGAUGCAGGAGAAGGUCAAGGCUGCCCAGGAGGCCGCGGAGAGACGGGAGCAGGAACAGGUGGAGCAGCUGCAGGAGCUGCAGAGAGAGCUGAUCUCCAGCAGGGCGGAGCUAGACACCCUGAAAAGCACCAUGGCCUCGUCCCAACAGUCGAGUGAGGAGCUCAGUUCGCAGCUCUCGACUGUGGAAUCGGAGAAGGUGGAGCUAGCGGGAUCCUUGUUGAAGAAAGAGGAGGAGCUUGCAGGUCUGGGGGAGGAGCUAGAGCGUGUUCAGAGCAGCCUGGCCAGUGAGAGGAAAAGUGGAGUGAAGACUGCCGAGGCCCUACAGAACCAACUCAAUGAGAAGGAGAGCAGGGAGCAGGCCCUGGAGAGCCAGCUGGUGGCAGCCCGCUGGUCCACCCUACAGGGGGCUGUGGAGGAGGCAGAGAGGAUAGUCCAGGACUCACUGGCCCAGCUUGAUGACCCAGCACACAUCAGCUGCACCAGCUCUGCAGACUACCUGGCGUCCAGGUGUCAGGCCUCUCUGGACUGUAUGGACAGACUUCACUCUGCCAGAGACGGCUACAUGGCAGACAACACAGGUGUGUCAGAGCUGGUGCGGGCAGUGACCCAUCUUGCCCACCUGGUGGGCGACACCAUUGUUCAGGGCAGUGCCACCUCUCACAUGGUGCCAGUGGAGCAAGCGGACGCGUUGUCAGACAGUGUGAAGGCGUGUGGGGCUGAAGCCCUGGCCCUGCUGGGUCAGAUGAAGGAGCAGGAAAGCCUGGCUACGGCAGACAGCGCAGCGUUGAGGGCAGCACUGGAUGGCAUCCUGGCCACCGCAGAGAAACUGCGUCCUCGGGGUCUGGAGCUGCAGCAGGGGGAGCUGGGAGAUCUGGUGGAGCAGGAAAUGGCUGCCACAUCAGCCGCCGUGGAGUCGGCAGCCGCCAGGAUAGAGGAUAUGCUCAACAAGUCGCGUGCAGUCGACACAGGGGUUAAGAUGGAGGUCAACGAGAGGAUCCUGGCCUCCUGUACAGACCUGAUGCAGGCCAUAAAAGCGCUCGUUCUGUCUUCCAAAGACCUGCAAAGGGACAUCGUGGAUAGUGGCAGGGGGGCAGCAUCCAUGAAGGAGUUCUAUGUCAAGAACUCUCGCUGGACCGAAGGCCUGAUCUCAGCCUCCAAAGCCGUGGGCUGGGGCGCCACAGUCAUGGUAGAUGCAGCAGACCUGGUGGUGCAGGGCAAGGGCAAGUACGAGGAGCUGAUGGUGUGUUCGCAUGAGAUUGCAGCCAGCACUGCACAACUGGUGGCCGCAUCCAAGGUGAAGGCAGACAAAGACAACGCCAACCUGGGCCGCCUGAAGCUGGCAUCCAAAGGGGUCACACAGGCCACCGCCGGGGUUGUAGCCUCCACCAAGUCCGGGAAGUCCCAGAUCGAGGAGAAAGACACCAUGGAUUUCUCCAGUAUGACCCUCACUCAGAUCAAGAGGCAGGAGAUGGACUCACAGGUUUCGGUUCUAGAGCUGGAGACAAAGCUGCAGAAGGAGCGAGAGCGUCUGGGAGAGUUAAGGAAGAAGCACUACGAGCUGGCCGGGGUGGCCGAGGGCUGGGGGGAGGAGGACGAAGGUACAGGUUGAGGUCUGUUCCCCACCACUCCUCCAACCACAAGACUGACUUCUCUCUCGCUCUGCCUCUUGCCCCAUUUAUACACUCUCUUCGGUCUUUCUCUUCCUAUUUAUUUUUAAUUUUUACGAAAGCCAAAUAAAAAGGUGCUUUUUUUAAAAUGCUCCUCUUGCUCCCGGUGACUUCCAAUGGGACAGUGAUGAGGAGGGAAAGUGGCGGGGGAUGGAUUGACUACCUCCCUGGCCCCUCCCCCUCGACUGUUGAGGAAUAGCCCACCUGCUGAUGGCUCCUCUGUCCUCUACCAACGGUUCGUUUUGUCCCAGUGGGAGCACCACUAGUGUGUGUGUGGAGCGACCCACCACGAGCACAAGUUCUUCACAACCAGACAUCCUACAAUGCAUUGCACAAGGGCCAAUCCCUCAUCAGAGGGAGACUUGACUGAUUGCCAGUUAGACCCCACCCCUUGCCCACCCAAUGUCUCAUCAGUGCAACGAAAACAGGCUUGUCUGUUUUUCUCCCACUAAACAGUUGUUGCGUUGUUCUUCUAAGUCGUAGAGUUGUUGCCCUCGCCAGUUUUCUUUUCUCCUGGGUCCUCUUUUUCCUCUCACUGUGAGCUUUUACCUCUCUAACCCAAACCCCGUCUGAGCUAUACGCCCACCGAGAUACGGACUUCUGCCUUUUCGCCUCCUGGUUUAAAGACCAUGAUGACUGUUGUUGUUGUUGUUGUUGUUGUUGUUAUUAUUAUUAUUAGAGUAGACCGUUUAGACACCCAGCUACCCUGAGGAUACACUAGAAAUAGAUCUGGCUCUGUCUGUUGAAAUGAAUGGGGUUUAGGUUCUCUAAAGACACUAGUGUGGUGUGUCUGACCAGCCAGAGAGGACUGCUGCUGAAGUUGAAGUGGUGUGUGAUGCUCUGGGGCUGCUUUGAACCCCUGGUUGUGUUCAUUAGGCACAACACAGAAGAAAACGGAGUGAAUCUAAAAGGUACUACCUGAACAUGUCCAAUAAGAAACACUUGUUUUCCGUUGCAAAACGAUAUGCUACGCCGUGUCCUAUUGAACACGACCCUGAUCAUGCUGGACCGUUGAUUGGCUGUGUGGCUCUGAGCUUCCUGGUCUCUGUAACGUAGCUGGAAAAUGGACUUCCAUAAGCUGCCGUCUGAUAAUUUACCAUUUUUUCCCCAGGCGCUCCCCUCAUUGAUUUAAAUGGAAUGGACUUAAGAAAUAUGGUGUAAGAAAUAUGGUGGAGUGAGCAAGUAAUAAGCAGAGAGGCAGGGAAUUGGAACGCAGCCCUACACACCCACACUGCUGGGCUCUUAUCAGCUUCACCAGACGACGUAGCUGUAAAGCCUAGACAGAGGAACCGACAACUUCCAUCACCAUCUGUCUACAAUAGCAAUAACACCUGGGCCGUGUUCAUUAGGCACCAAACGGAAGAAAACUGGAACAGUUACCUGGACCUGUCCAAUAAGUUACAUUGCCACAAGAGGGCAGUGUUCCACAGCAGAGCUUCUACAGUACAGAGACUCGUCAUGACUUCUCCUCCACCUCUCUCUUGCCAGUGGACACUAGUGCUCUUCAAUCUGGCUUUCUGAAAAGAAAUGGGAACAUCGUAUGUUGUCGAGUACACAAUGAGUUAGGUUAGUAGGGUUUCAUCCAGUAUUUGUUUUCCUUUGAAAUACUUUAGCUGCUCUUGAGCUUGCCUGGCGCAAUGGAACCAAUGAAAUAGUCCCAAAUGUUCUUCAAAACACGCCCAUCUGGCACUCAAGUCAGGCUCGAUGAAAAGCAAUGCAAUUCAAAAAUGUAUGAAUCCUAUUUGGGCCCAGAUCUGGUUUAAUCAUAGCAUACUUUCUCUGUGUGUGAUGCUCUUUGGAGUUUGUCUUCCUGCGUGUCUUAAUGCCCCUUUUGAGUUUUUAAUAUUCUGCUAUGCUUUUGGCUGUUUUAUAUAAAAAGUUGUGACACUGGGUAUUUAAUGACGAUUUAGCGGUGUACUUCCGGCACUACUUCCUGGUUAUUAACCUCUCACCCUUUGGUUUGUGUCUGUAGUCCAACCAGCUCAGCCAGCCUUUCAAACUGCCGCUCACUGUAGUCGAUGAGAAACAAACAGUACUCAAAAUAACAUUUGAUAUGUCUUUCUAUGAUAUACUAAAAACAAUGUAUGUGGGUUUGUUUUCUUUUUUCAGUUUUUAAAAUAAAUAUUUCAACUCAUUAAUAUGA